CGUCCGUGACGAAAGGGGGUCCUUUGGAUACCGAAAACAAUGGCAAUCGAUCGAUAAACCAAUCGCUACGUUCCUACCAACACUCAUCCUUUGGCAGAGACAUACAAUCGAAAAAAAUCAUCUUGUUGCGAACGCAAUCAUGAGGUUUGCAGCAUGGCUCGUUAUACUUACGGGGACGUUCGUGGAGGCCGACAGGGUACAGUCUACUCAACCACAAUCGGCAUCCAACUUUGGGAAACCCCCACGGAACUGGGUGUCAUCUUCGGCUGCAUCGGGUAGCCGUGGCACCUUGACGAUUGAAUCCGCGACGGGGAUGGAUCAUUCGCAACGCACCCGAAGGACGACACUGGACACGCGGGGUGGUGCAGCGACCAAGACGACGAACGUCAAGUUGCGCGUCGCAUCGUCCCGCGCGGUCGUCGCACCUACCGCUGCGCCCCAUCCAUUGCUCCACACACUCAAGGUUGGCUUCUACUUUGCUCUCUGGUACGCACUCAACAUUGUCUACAACAUCCUGAAUAAGAAGUUGUUGAACGUGCUGCCCUCACCCGUUACGGUCGGAUCGAUUCAAUUCGGUGUCGGCUGUUUCUACGUGUUGCUCGUGUGGGCUUUGAAACUCCGUCCCGCUCCGACCUUGACGUCGCAAGGUAAGGCGGCCGUUCAGAAGGUCGGUUUUUGGCAUUGCACCGGUCAGCUCGCGUCUAUGGUGAGUCUCGGUGCCGGGCCCGUUUCCUUUACCCACAUUGUCAAGGCUCUGGAACCGUUCUUUUCGGCAGUCGUUUCGGCUCUCGCAUUUGGUACAUGGAUGAAACCGCAAGUGUACGCAACGCUCUUGCCCGUCGUGGGUGGAGUCGGAUACGCUUGCCUAAAGGAACGGUCUUUUUCCUGGUUGGCCUUUUACAUGGCCAUGGGAAGUAACCUCGCCUUUGCCCUUCGGGCCGUCUUGUCCAAGGUUGCCAUGUCCUCGGGAGCCAACGUGGGCACAAACAUUUCGUCGACCAACGUUUUUGCCAUGGUCACCCUAGCGGCCUUUGUGUGGUCUAUUCCCAUGGCACUCGUGACCGAAGGACGUAGCUUUGGUACAUUGUGGAAUAAGGCAUUGUCGCAACAAUCGGCUGCCGAUCUUUGCAAAGCAUUGUUCGUAUCGGGCAUGUUUCAUUACUUGAAUAAUGAAGUCAUGUAUUUGGCGUUGGGUAACGUCCAUCCCGUAACGUUGGCGGUAGGGAAUACCAUGAAGCGAGUGAUCAUUAUGGUGGCCUCCGUUAUGGUAUUUCAAAACGAAAUUACGCCGCAGGCCGCUGUAGGGUCCGCGAUUGGGAUCGCUGGCGUCCUUCUCUACUCCCUCACCAAACAGUACUACGAAAAACUGGAGGCUAAACGGUACGACGCAAUCAAGCAGACUCGCAAGAAACGAUAGAAGUAAGGCGCUAAAGACGCUCCUUUAAUAAGCUCCCGUCAAACAUGCUAA